UAUUCUACAUCAGGUAAUAAUCAGUCACUAAUGAAACGUUGAUACUUCAACAUGUUUUUAAACUUAUGGACAUUAAUUUUCACCACUUUUGCUGGUGUUUUGGCAUUAUAUUUUUAUUAUUCAUUGAAAAAGUUAAAUAUUUUUCAAAAUCAUGGAAUACCAUAUAAAUCGCCGAUGCCAAUUUUUGGUAAUCAAACACCGGUUAUAUUUCGAAAAAUUUAUAUGGGUCAUUUAAUUGAAAAAUUAUACAAUGAAAAUUCAAAGGCAAAAUAUUUUGGAUUAUUUGAUUUUAUGAAUCCAGUGAUUGUGCUUCGUGAUAUGGAAUUAAUAAAAACUGUGACAGUGAAGAAUUUUGAAAAUUUUCCAAAUCAUAAAAUAUUUUUCGAUGAAUCAUGGGAACCAUUGUUUAGUAAAAAUUUAUUUGCCCUACAAAAUGAGAAAUGGCAUAAUGUUAGAACAUUAUUGAGUCCCGCAUUUACAUCAAGUAAAAUGAAAAUAAUGUAUAAAUUAAUUUCCGAAUGUGCUAUUAAUUUUGCCGAAUUUUUAUCAAAUGAUAAAAAAGCAAGGGAAAUGAUUGAAAUGAAAAGUGCAUUUACACGUUAUACUAAUGAUGUUAUUGCAACAUGCGCAUUUGGAAUAAGUGUUGAUUCAAUGAAAAAUCCAAAUAAUGAAUUUUAUUUAAUGGGUAAAGAAGCAACGGAUCCAGUUAAAGUUGCAUUAAAAUUUUUUUUCUUACGUAGCUUUCCGAUUAUAAUGAAAUUCUUUAAUAUCCGAUUAAUAAGUAACGCAAUUGAUCGUUUCUUUACGGAAAUUAUUAGAUCGACAAUUAAAACAAGAGAUAAUAAUGGUAUAACACGACCUGAUAUGUUGCAAUUAAUGAUGGAUUCAAGGGGUAAAGAAGGAAAUAAAAUUGAUCUUACACCAGAGGAAAUGACUGCUCAGGCAUUUAUUUUCUUUUUUGCUGGUUUUGAUCCAGUUUCAACAAAUAUGUCAUUUGCUGCUCAUGAACUUGCAGUUAAUCCUAAUAUUCAAUCUCGAUUACAAGAGGAAAUUGAUUCAGUUUUACGUGCAACAAACGGUGAACCAACAUAUGAGGCAAUUAAUGGAAUGGAAUAUUUGGAUGCUGUUUUAAAUGAAACAUUAAGAAAACAUCCAAUUGUACCAUUUCUUGAUAGAGUUUGUAAUAAACGUUUUGAAUUACCAGCAACAUUACCUGAUGCCAAACCAAUAACAAUGGAACCUGGUAUGACUAUUUGGAUUCCAGUUAGUGCAAUUCAUUCAAAUCCAGAUUAUUACGAUGAACCGGAAAAAUUUAAUCCCGAUAGAUUUUUAUCAAAUGGCACUGCCAACAAUAAAUCAAUGACAUUUUUAACUUUUGGUAUUGGUCCACGACAAUGUAUUGGAAAUAGAUUUGCAAUUUUAGAAACAAAAGUAGUCUUAUUUCAUUUAUUGGCGAAAUGUAAUUUCAAAGUUUGUUCAAAAACAAAUGAACCAUUAAUAUUAAGUAAAAAAACAUUCGCUCGUAAUUCCGAGGGUGGUUUUUGGAUGAAAAUAGAGAAAAGAAAUAAAUAAAUUUUAUUAUUAUCGUAGAAAGGGGUUAUUUCGCACAUUGCGGGUAAAUUUACUCAUCAAAUUGUCUGCUUUAAAUUAUCUUUAAACUAAAUUUUGAUACUAUUAUUUUUAAAUUAAAAUUAUUUUUAUGAAAAUCAUAUAUAUAUAUGUAAUAAAAGAAAAUAUAUAGCAUCUGAAUAAAUCUUUGGAGUAUUUAAUAAA